AUGAAGCUUUCCACCAUUAUUACCCUCUCUGCCGUCGCACUCGUCAGUGCCGACAACUGCGAAAAUGUCGACCCAGAUUGCUCAGACCCAGGCUCCUGCUUUGUCCAGGGUGGAUGUGCCAUGCCCAGGUUCGACCUCACUGAUGGGCUCUGUUGGGAUGAUCUCAACUUUGCCAAUGUUCCCACGAUCCCAGAACUGAACGCCGUGUAUGAUAACUUUUGUGGAGUUUGCGAUCUUGUUGGUAUCCUCCAGGCUGAUCAGGCGUUCUGUGCCUUGUGUGAUUUGGAUUUUGACUGUGACGGCACUGCUGGUGAGACCACGGAAGAUUUGUGGGGCUUUUCCUUGUGCUUCUCUGGCCAGUCCACAGUCCAAACUCCCUCUGGCCAUGUUUCCAUGGACAUGCUGCAAGAAUAUGUCGAGCUUCAGGGAGGAUUUGCAAUCAUGUCGUACCAGGACUUCAUUCACAUGGCUCUAUCUCCUUUCCGUCUCUUCACCAUGGGACUUUCUUCCGGCAACAUUUCCUACACUGAGGCUGGAAUCCCUGCCUUUGCCUCUGCUGGAAUUGAUUUGGCUCUCUGGACUGAACAGCAAAACAUUUUGGUCCAGGCUGCUCUUUUUGCUGUAUUCUUUGUCCUUGCUGGUUGCUCCAUGCUUUUGGAGAACACGUUUGGACCUACCAUGGCUCCUGUUGCCUUGGUCGCUGGUGCUGGUGCUUGGGCCGUGAGCCGCAAGAUGACUGUCCGCAAGCUCAAAUCUGUCUAA